CAAACAGCGUGUGAGAGAGCUAACCGGACCCGGAGAGUUAAGAUGUAUAGUGUAAUAUAGGAGAAAGCAUCUUCAGUGAACAAUGCCGUCUCAUCGGUUUAACGUGGUUUGGCAAGAACAAUGCGUUAGUUAAGGAGGGAAAUGUGUAGCGGCUCUACUAGUAAAGUAUGAGGCGUUAAUACUAGCUAGUGUUAGCAUAGCUCGAAGGAAGCGGUUUGUUGACCUUGUUAGGAGUGUAACGUUAGUCCUAAUAUUAAUCAUUUUGUAUAAAAUCCUGCACAUAUGAACAGCUUUCGUAUCCAAUAAUGUUAAGAGGAAUCCUCCAGAUAAAUAACGCCACGAGAUAAUCGCCAUUCCUUUCUGUUGUCUCCAAACUUAUCUAAAUUUGGCUUUAGUGAGAAGCCAUUUGCGCCACACAGGGUCAAUGCGGAAACAAGCCAGGGUAUUCAAGCGUUUUAUUUAAAUCCCUUUCCAUUUUAGUGUCAGAUAUAUCCGCCAACCAUGUCUUUGUGGAUGACAGAAGAGGCCGUGAGAUGGGGCAUGCGCGUUUGCAGCCGCAGCUUUCCAUGGCAACAGCGUGGUUUCCUGGGGACCACAUCGGUCCAGGACUCAUCUUCUCCCAGGCGGCGGUUGUGUCACAUCUGGGCCUCAACGCAGAGCCAGAACAUAUCUUCUAAGAGCGUUGUCAGUCCGGCGAGGUUCUACUCAAAUGGCUUUAGUAGCAGCGAUGAACUGGAAGAGAGCAAGCGCCUCUCUUAUUCACCUGCAAACAGUGACCGCGUGGCCGCAUGGAAGGCGUCCCCUUUGCUGUCGCAGCUGCCCUCGUGCGGCUCCCCGUCGGACGUGCUGGACCUCGCCACUCAGCUCCCGCCGACGUUCCGGGAGGUCAGCAACUGCCUGGACCGCAUGUGGACCACCACGAAGAAGAUGACGGAGGAGCAGCGGCGCCACGAGCUGCGGCUGAUGUUUGAGCACCCGGCCCUCGACGCGUUCCUGCAGAAGGCCAUGAAGUUGGUGGGGGGCAUGCGCAUCAGCGACAUGACCUACUCCCUCCUCAGCAUGAUCGGCCUGGGCGUGCCCGAGAAGAGCCGCGUGAUCCAGACUUUUCUUCGAGCUUGCCAGGAGAGACUGAACGACUUCGAUGAGAAGAACCUGUCCAUCUUAGCCACCUGUUUGGAUCAAUUGGAGGACUCCCCCAGUGUUAAUACACUUAAGGAAGGCGUGAAACUGAUUGUCAAGACCCGCCUUCCGACCAUCAAGAACGUGUUUUCUCUCCAGACGAUGAUUUGUCUGCUCGGGAAAGAUGUCCCGCCGGACCUCAAACGGGCACUAGAGAGAAAGGCCCUCUCGAUGACGGAGCAGUUCAGCGUUACCAACGCCCAACACAUGUUCUCCACCAUGGCUUCGACGGGCUUCUACUCCAAGCCGCUGCUGUCUUUCUGCAGUACAAAGAUACUAGAGAACCUCAAUGGAGUCCCCUUCAACACGAUGUUUAGGCUUCUGCAGUCCUGCAAGGAGCUGCUCUACAGAGACGCGGACCUGCUGAACGGCAUUUCCGACCACGUCGCUUCAACGAUAGACGUUUGGACCAACAAGCAGCUGGUCCUCUUCCUCUUUUUGUACGAUCACCUCAACUUCUGUCCCACCGCUUUAAUGGAGGCCUUUUCCGAGAAAGUGAUCGCCAACCCGGAGGCCCUCACGCUAAAAAACCUCCUCUGUGUCCUCAAGGUGUACUCCUCUCUCAACUACGACCUGCAGCAUCGGAGGCAACAGUUUCUGGAUAGCCUCAGCCAGGUCCUGGACUCCUAUCUGCCCAAGAUGUCUGGCUUUGAGCUGUUGAAGGCCGUUUACUGCCUCUGUCUGCUGGGCCACUUCCCCUCUGCGCCGCUGGAGCAGCUCCUGCAGAGCGGCGCGUUGGAGCAGCUCGCAGCGUCCAAUUUCCGGGGCCGCGACCGGAUGUUUCAGACGGUGGACUUGUGCCUCCGCAUCGACCGUCCCCAGCUCCCUCGGCCCUUGAGCGUCCCCGCGUCUCUGCUGGGGGACCUCUCGCCGGGCAAUCCGUCCGUCAGCUCCCGCGUCUUGCAGUUCCUGCAGGGCGCUUUGCACGAUCAGGCUCGUGCGACGCUGCAGGAAAUGGUGGUGGUGGAGCGGUUCUACCUCGUAGACGGCGUCAUAACGAAACCUCUGACAAACCGGAGCUCUGAGACUGAAGCGAGCGCAGGAGACGGGUGUUCUCCAGCAGAGAGCAGCCAAAGAAUUGCGGCGAUUUACGUCCCGCCCUCUGGUUUUUGCUCCGGAACGUCCACUCCCCGCGGUCAUCUGGCCACGAAGAUUCGGCAUCUGAAGAUCUUGGGAUACACUCCUGUCCUGAUAACGGAGCAGGAUCUGAAGUCUGUGUCUGAAGAAAGCGCGGCAGAUUUCCUGUGGGAGCGGAUAUUUCCAGAACGCCGCGCAUCAGAUCUCAAACCUGAAGUGGAGCAGCUGGGAUCUUAAAGACUUGGAGUCCACGUUGAAAGGAGCCUUGCUUUGUAAUCAAAAAUGAACAGAUGUAUUAAACUAUUUCAGUGACUCUG